CCGCUUUACGUAAUUCGGCCGACAACGCAAAAAACACCCAAACAGGUCGCAGCCAAGGGAAGUGUCGGAGACCCUGACACCGAGCUAAACACUCCCGCCCGGCGGCAGGAGUCCCUCCGCGGGAGAGCAGCCCCAGAGCGCCAGCGCUCCGAGCGGCCAGGGGCAAGAGCAGCCAACCGGCCGCAGCCGCCCGCAGCCGCCGCGGCCCCGCCGGCCUCUCGCGAUGUUGCUAGGGGCCCUGCGAGACUCGGCGGCGGCGGCGGUUGCUACGGGCUGUGGCGCGGAGAGACGCGCCGGGAGCCCGGACGAGGAGGGCGGCCAGCGCCGCAAGAUGUCUCACUUUACAAGUGAAGAUGAAGCUCUGUUACAGUCUAUGCUUAGACAGUUGCUGCAGAGUGUGAAGGAAAAAAUCACAGGAGCCCCAUCAGUAGAAUGUGCAGAAGAGAUUCUGUUGCAUUUGGAGGAGACCGAUGAAAAUUUUCACAACUAUGAAUUUGUGAAAUACCUUAGACAAUAUAUAAAUAAUACUCUGGGAUCUGUGAUUGAAGAAGAAACAGAAAAAUGUACUUCUGCUCAAAAUCAGGGUGAAGUAUCUGGCUAUGACACUCUUGUUCAGCGUGUUACUAAGAAGACCCGUGAAUCGAAAGAGUACAGAGAAAUGAUGCUUGCCUUGAAGAAUGUCAUGAUGGUUGUGGUAGAAUCUUUGAUUAACAAGUUUGAAGAAGAUCGGAUGCAUAAUAAGGAGCUGGAUAGUAAAACUUACAAAGAAUGUCAAAGUGGUUAUUAUACAGACAACUGCUCUGACAGUGACUCCUCAUUCAACCAAAGUUACACGUUCAUGAAUCAAGAACAAUUGCAGCUGCUUGCAGAAAGGCUAGACCCUAUUCAGCCUAAGGAAGUGCGCCAAGAAGCAUUGCAGACACUGUGCUCUGCCCCUCCGUCUGAUAUACUGAACUCUGAGAGUUGGCCCAGUCUGCGUAAGCAUCUAACGAUGUCUCUGUCAGAUCCUGAUGCAACUUUCAGUGAGAAAAUUUUGAGAUUCUAUGCAAAAACCUUUUCUUCUUCUCCCUUUAAUAUGACAAGAGAAGUAUAUACAAGUUUAGCAAAACACUUGGAGUUGUGUUUUCUUUCCGGAGAAUAUUAUCUUCCUAUUUCUGCUGGUCUGGAUGUAUCUAAUACAGACAUAAAUCAUUUACUGAAAAAGGUGCGCCUUUUAAAUGAGUACCAAAAGGAAGCUCCAUCUUUCUGGAUCCGUCAUCCUGAAAAAUACAUGGAAGAAAUAGUGGAGUGUACCUUGUCACUGUUGUCAGUAAAAUGUGAGCCUAGUCCAGAGUUUUUGAGUCCAGUCUAUUUCUUGGCUCUGCUAGAUAUCAAAGCUGUUUGGUUCAAAAAAUGGACGCAUGCAUAUUACAGCAGAACAGUGGUACUUAGACUUUUGGAAAAGAAGUAUAAAUCUUUGAUUAAUGCAGCUGUCCAGCAAUGUCUUGACUACUUUGAGUUUUGCAAGUCAGCAGUUGACAGAACUCCUAGAGUCAGCAUUUUUUCCCAGCAGCGCUGUAGUGAGAAGCAGAAGUUUUCUUACACUGGACCAGAUUUGCAGUACAUCUAUUUUGUGCAUUCACUGUGCCUUUUAGGAAGAUUGUUGAUUUAUAAGCAAGGCCGAAAUCUUUUUCCAGUACAGCUGAAAAACAGAAAAGAUCGUGUAUCACUAUCAGAUCUGUUGAUAUUAUUUACUGAGCUUAUUUAUUACUCUCCAAGUUACCCAAAGACAGCUUUGACAGUGCAAACAGACAAUUAUUCUCCAGCAAGCCUUGUUACAGAGAUUCUGCAAGUUUUUUGUGACCAAAUGGGAUCUGCUGCUGAAUGUUUAUAUACUGAUGCAGUGAUAGAUGCCCUACUUCAUCCUGUUCAAAGCUUACUGAGUGGCACAGAGAUGCAUAUAAAUUGUCUUGAAACCACUUUAAUUCACGUAGCAGAUAUUUUGGCAAGGAUUGCUGCUGUAGAAGAUGGUCUUUCUCUUCUUCUUUAUGGAGGAAAUGAAAACUCUUCCAAAGAAGAUAGUCCUACAGCUGUUCAUGUAAUUGUUGAGUUUACAAAGAACCUUCUUCAUGACGACAUUUCUCUUUUAUCUGGAUCCGAGCUUUUGCCAGUUGUUAAAGGGGCUUUCAUUUUUGUAUGUCGUCAGAUGUACAGAACCUAUGAAGGCCUGCAGGUGCUUAUUCCUUAUGGCUUGCAUGAAUCUAUUGCAGAGGCCUGGAAAAAGACAAGUUUGCUUUCAGAAAGAAUUCCCACUCCUGUAACUGGUGCAAACUCUCCCUCAUCAAUAAGUCAAGAGUCAAAACACAUUUCAUUAUUGGAAGAGACUUUGUUAGAUGCCUUACUAAAUUUUUCUGCCACACCAAAAGGACUAUUUCUGCUUCAUAGUACAGGGACCAUGAAUGACUGUGUGACUUUUAUGUUCAGCAGUAUAUCAAAAAAAAAACAGCAGGCAAGUGAAUGUGAAGAAUUUGGUAAUGGAGUCAUUGUUACACAAAUGGCAACAACACCAACAGGUGCAGUAGCUCUGCAGAGUUCAGGCUUUAUAAAAGCACUUGUAACUGAACUAUGGGCUCUUCUGGAAUGUGGAAAAGAUGACGUGAGGAUAACUCAACCCAGAUAUACUCCAGUCGAUCCUAUUGACCAAAGCUGUCAAAAGUCUUUUCUGUCUCUGAUAAACUUGCUCACCUAUCCUGCAGUUUUUGAACUCCUGAGUAAACAAGAUAUGCCUAAUAAACGAGUGUAUUCACUCCGUGAAAUUCCUACAGACAUAAUUGAUAUCAUUGACAGGCUUAUAAUUUUGAAUUCAGAAGCUAAAAUUCACUCCUUAUUCAGUUAUGAACAAGCACAUAUAUUUGGUCUGAGGUUGUUAAAUGUGCUAUGCUGUGAGCUGGAUACCCUGUUACUUUUAGAGACUCAGUAUAAAGUGUCACAGGUUUUACUAACUGCUCAGGAGGAAAAUGUUAUAGAAACUUCUGAAGGAGCAGGAGGUUUUAUAAUUGAUGGUGUGUCAAUUGAGAGAAACCAUGUUCUUGUUAGGAUAAAUCUUAUUGGAGGACCAGAGGAAAGGAUUUUGCCUUUAAGAGCACUAGAUAAGGGGAGUGAUCCAUAUCCUUGGCCAAUGUUUUCAUCGUUCCCUUUGCCAAAGUGCUAUCGUUCGAAAAUUCCUAGGAAAGCUGAUUUCAGACAAGAUAACGAUCUGGACAAGCUCUUAUCACUUUUAAAAAAUCCAGAUAAACAAACUGGUUGGGCAGAAAACUGUAGAAAACAGUUCUGCAAAGUCAUGAAAGCCAAACCUGAUAUCAUCAGUGGAACGAUUUUGGCAGAAUUAAUCGAAAAGUUCGUGUCACAUCUUUCUGAAAGCCCAUCGGAUUGUUAUUUCAGCACAGGAGACAAUAAAGCUACUGAUGCAAAUGUGAAGAAUGAAAGCCUUUCAUCUGUGCAGCAGCUCGGUGUUGAAAUGACAGUCAGAUAUGGCAAAUACUUGAACUUGCUAAAAGAACAUGCUGAAAAUGAGCUGUCCUUAGUCCUAAUGAAUUGUGAGAAAUUUCUGAAACAACAGCAAACAACUGUAGUAUCCUCGCUUUGUUGCUUGCAGGGAGCUUAUGCUGGCUACGAUUGGUUUGCAUCUUCUGUGUUUCUGAUAAUGUCAGGAGACAGGGAGAAGACAUUAACAUUUCUUCAGCGAUUUUCACGCCUUCUCAUUUCAGCAUUUCUCUGGCUGCCAAGACUGCAUAUAUCUAUGCACCUGCCUAUUACCACAGUGGAAUCUGGCAUCCAUCCAGUCUAUUUUUGCAGCGCUCACUACAUUGAGAGGUUGCUGAAAGCUGAGUUGCCACUUGUCUCUUCCGCCUUCCACAUGUCUGGUUUCACUCCAUCCCAGAUCUGUUUACAAUGGAUAACUCAGUGUUUCUGGAACUACAUGGACUGGAGUGAGAUCUGUCAUUACAUUGCCACAUGUAUUUUCCUUGGUCCUGAUUAUCAGAUAUACAUGUGUAUAGCUGUUUUCAGACACCUACAGCAAGACAUUCUGAAGCACACUGAAGCCCAGGAUCUUCAGGUUUUUCUCAAAGAAGAAGCCAUCCAUGGAUUUCGAGUGAGUGAUUAUUUAGCAUAUAUGGAAAGUUUGGAGCCAAUCUACAGGCCAGUGCUGCUGAAAGACAUGAGGAAUAUCAGAGUGCAGAAUGCAUAGAUAAAGCAAACAAGCAUGUUAUUUUCCAGUUUUGGUUACCUUCUUUAAAAGGAUGCUGAUUGUCUGAUACAUCAAUCUCCAUAAAAAUAAGUCAGGCUGUGUACAUGUACAUACUGUAAAAUAAAUGAAGUUUUUUAGAAUAUAGUUCCUGCAAAAGGACUUAAUCUAAAUUGGAUGACCUGAAAUAGCAUAUUUUCCCAGAUAGACUAUGUGCAUAGUCUUGUUUUUGUUUGGCAGAAGAUAGCUUCAGAACGUGCCUGUAGAUUGCUGAAGUGUGUUGUUUAUAAUGCCUGGGACCUGUUUCUAAAGCACUGCAUUAUUUUCAUCUCUUUGAAACAUGAAGGAAGGCAGUGGUCCACAAAGACCUGACAAAGUGAUUUUUCUUACAAGCAACUCCAAAUUUGUGUAUGAGAAGUGAACAACUGCAAAACAAAUACCCUGUAUGCAGUUGUUCUGACUUUGUGGAUAAAGUUGAGAAAAUGAGGUGACCAGAUACAUGCAAUGAAAAUGCCCUUUUUCUCCUAAUAAAUCAUUUUGUCAUAAACAGCUGUUUGUAACAUACACUUUCAAUAUGUGGAAGUGAAAGACAAGGCCCUGCACAACCUGGUCUAACUGGACCUGCUUUGAGCAGGAGGUUAGACUAGAGGACCUCUGGAGGUCCCUUCCAUCCUACGCUGUUCUAUGAUUGUAAAAUAGCGAAAGCUAUUAGUGUUCAUGCUUUUUACUUACCCAUGCUUGAUUAAAGUUAGGAUAGUUACCAACUAUCUAGUAAGGUAUCUACCAACUAGUAGGUAACUAGUUACCUACUCAGAGGAGGUUAUAUUCAUAGUUUGCCUGAGCUUCAUCUCCUGUUUUUUCUUCUGUGUUCUGCACUAGCACAUUUGAAAGAUUAAGGGGGUGGGGGCGGGGGGAAGAGUUUGUCCUAACAUUCUGAAACAACACCAGGCUCUAAACAAAAUCUUACUUUCACUGUAUGUGUUUAUAUGGGAUGCAUCCUGGAUAGCAGGUUUUGGCUUUCUCUCAUCAAGGUACUUGCAAAAAAAUUCUGUACUUUCAAACUGAUCUAGUAGCACUCAUGUUGCCUGGUCAGACACUAUGCAAGUAUGUGCACAUUCAUUUUCAUAUAGAGAAGAUAAGUAAAAAAUGAUACUUAAGUUACAUGAACAGAUGAAGAAAAAUACUACUUCCAAAUAUUAGUACAAUUUUUAUAUCAUUUAAAUUUAGAAAGUAAUUUGAAUUUACUUUGCACUUGCAGUUAUUUGUGUCUUGUUUCUGUUCUUUCUCAGACAGCUGUUAGUUUUCCGAUUUGAGAUCAUGUUAUUUUUUCCUCUUUAAACUUACUGCUAGCACUGAAAAUUUUUCCUUCCUUACAGAGAAGACUGAAGACAUUUGGGAUUUUGGCCUUAACCAUUUCUUUGUACACUGUAAUUUUUAAUAUUUGCAGUUUUGUUCUUUUUCAUUAAAAGAUAUCUCUAAAACAACUAGAAGUCAGUAAUAA